AUGAAAGAUUCACAACUCCCCUUGUCGACCAAUCACAGAUCCAGCUUUGUCAAUGGCACCUGGGAGCCUCAUGGUGUCACUUUCUUCAUCAUUGAGGGCCUUGCCAGCCUUGGCGAGAAAAAGAUUAUAUUUUUUGUCAUUCUGCUUCUGGGUUACAUCACCAUCCUGGGAGGAAACAGCAUGAUCAUUUUUGUGGCGUUGACUGAUCCGAAGCUUAAGUCUCCCAUGUAUUUCUUCCUCUACAACCUCUCCUUUGUUGACAUCGUCUACACCACCACCACUAUCCCUCAAAUGCUAGCCGGCUUCCUGACAGACAUGAAUACCAUUUCCUACCCGGGCUGCUUUUUCCAGAUGUAUUUCUUCGUUCAGCUAGCAGUUACCGGCCGUGCCAUGCUGACUGUCAUGGCGUACGACCGCUACGUUGCCAUUUGCAACCCUCUGCGCUACACUGCGGUCAUGACUCGGCCCGUCCGACUUCUCCUCAUCGCAGGAGCCUGGAGCUUCGGCACCUGCUGCACGCUGCCAGCCAUUUCAAUGUCCUUGCUACGGUCUUACUGUGGCCCCAAUGUGGUAAAACAUGGCUGGUGCGACCCGUCAUCUGUAAGGCGACUGGUGUGCGGUGACACCUCAGUGGAUGGCAUUGUGUCCCUUUCUUUAGCCUUGUUUGCACUACUGACCACAGGAAUCCUCAUCCUCACCUCCUAUGUCCUGAUUGGUGUUACCAUAUUGAAGAUGAGUGUUGCUCAGAGACUGAAGGUCUUUGGGACGUGUGCUGCUCACCUGACUGUCGUGUUCAUCUCUUACAGCUCAGCCUCUUUUGUAUACAUCUCCUACCGUGUGGGAAACUUUUCACCAGAGCUUCGCAUCAUUGUGUCUGUGUUGUAUGCCGCUCUGACUCCUUUCCUAAACCCGAUGAUCUACAGUCUGAGGAACAAGGAGCUGCGAGAGUCCAUCAAAAGGACGCUGGGCAGGUUCAGACUUUCUGCUGUGUUACCCUGA